AUGGACACUGAGAAUGGUUUUCUUGCUGCUAAGCUAACUGAUGAUCUAGUCGUGGAGAUCCUCUCCCGGCUGCCGUUCAAGUCUUUUUGCCGCUUCAAAUGUGUCUGCAAGGCCUGGCUUGCCUUCUCCUCUAAUCCAGACUACUGCAAGAAGCUUUUGAAAAUUCCGAUGGGUCUUCUGUAUCAACGCCGUUAUGAUGAAUUUGAUAAUGAUUUCGAUGACUCUGCUAUCAAGCUUGCUAGCCUGCCCCACAAUGAUAAGGAAUUUGAUGAAGCUCUUAGUUUCCUACCACAAUAUGAGCAGUUAGAGCUGAUGGACUCUUGCAAUGGCCUGGUCCUUUGUAAGUACAAGAGCAGCUGUACUCCUUUUGGUAUUUGCCGCUUCAUCGUGUGCAAUCUGGCAACACGAGAGUGGAAGGUGCUCCCUGAUACUCCUCCUAGCGAUUAUGACCCAUCAUGGUCGACAAAGUUCUAUAUCUUCAACUUUCAACGGCUGAGUACCCGCUAUUGGGCAUUUGGCCCCGUCAAACUUCAGGUGUUCUCGUCUGACCUUAACACCCGGUUCCUGGACGAUACAUCAGUGCUCUCUGAGACAAAAGUUUAUCGACUACACAUGUUUAUAGAUGGAGCAUUGUAUGUGCACACAGGUUUGCAUGACAUUCUGGUACUGAAGAGCUUGGAGGAAACUAGUUCUGGCAUUCCGCCGUCUCUUCGGACUAUUAAGUUGCCGCAUGAAGACGGCGCUUUUAUGGGUAGGUUUGGCCAAUGUUGCUUCGGCCAAUCUUCGGGGGCCUUGCACUACGCAUUGCCAGAGGAGGAUGCUCGUGCGAUUCUUGUUUGGAGUCUUGAUGCUGAUGAGCCUUAUGAGUGGAGCCUCAAGUACCGCCUCAAUAUGAGCCAAGCAUUCGGAAGGGACAACCUUCGUCAGCAUGAUGCACGCCACUGGAAAUGCGACUAUGCUGUCGUCUCUCUUGACCUGGAGAGAGAUGGUAUUUUCCUGUUUGACAAACGGGAGGACAAGAUUCGUUUGUACAAAAUAAGCACCGGUGAACUUACUGACAUUCAACCAGAAGACCACCGCUCCCGCUUUUUGAAUAACAAGUACUAUCAUUAUGUGGCAUCCUACUCAAAGCUCCCAGCUUUAACCGUGUAG